GAAGCAGCGUGUUGACAAGUCAUCAAUGUGAUUUUGUGCUGGAGUAAAGGAUACAGCUGGUUCUCCAAUAUAAUCAUACUGGGAGAUUUGGUAUAGACAUGGUUGGUAUAGAAGCUUCGAGCAUCCUUUUUAGAACAAGAGGCGGACUGAACCUCUCCUUCCCCCUGACAGCUGCUGAUGAAACCUCUGCAAAAAAGGCCCUGGUUGGAGCACUUAAUGAUCUAUCAGCAAAACUAUUGUCCGAUUCACUGGUGUUGCACUUAUGUAACAGUUCUCUGUAUAUUUGGCCCAAUGCUGGCACAAGCUCCUCCUUCUCAGAGUGGACAGACGAAUCACAAUGCAAAGACAUUCUGAACUUCAUAAAGAUUGACGAUGAGGAUUCAAGGAGAAAGAGCUCUAAAAAGAAAGAGAGGAAGUUACCACAAGACAUGCAGCAUAUUGUCAAUAUCAACAUCAUGUUUGAGACGUCCACUUCUUCUAAACCUUCUGCACCCGUAAUUAAACAGGAAAUAAAAAGUCAUCAUCUUGUGAACCUGACCCUACCUAUAGAUUCAGUAGUUACAGUUUCCACAGAGGAAACCUGGGGGAAAGCAAGGCAAAUCCUUGUGAAUGGGCUCACACAUCAACUUGCUGAAUUAGAGAAAUGCUUAUUGAAGUAUAUGAAAGGAACUUCUAUUUGUAUAGCGGAACCUUACCACUUCGUGUUACCGGGCAUGGAAGGUCUUGUCACCUUGGCAUAUCCUGCAGGAGUUGCAGAUUCGCAGCUGGAAACUUAUAGAAAGGCAUUACAUGAACAACUUAACCUGCCCUUUGACAGACCUUACCUAAAAAGAACAAAUGCCUAUCAUUUCCCAGAUGAGCCUUACAAGGAUGGUUAUCUCCGCAAUCCACAUGUGAAUCUAAAUCCUCCUGCUGUGGAGGGAGGUACGGUUUCCUUGGUGAAGGGAACAUACAGCUACCAUCACUACAUGCAGGAUCACAUGGACGACAAUGGCUGGGGAUGUGCCUAUCGCUCUCUACAGACAAUCUGCUCUUGGUUUAAAUACCAGGGGUACAGUGACAAACCAAUCCCAACUCACAAGGAGAUCCAACAGGCUCUUGUUGAUGUUGGAGAUAAACCUGCCAACUUUGUAGGCUCCAGGCAGUGGAUUGGUUCCAUUGAGGUACAACUUGUACUCGACCAGAUUCUUGGCGUUACAUCAAAAAUAAUGUUUGUUAGCCAGGGUACGGAGCUGUCAACCAGAGGCAGAGAGCUUGUCAAUCAUUUUACAUCCGAAGGAACUCCAGUUAUGAUCGGAGGAGGAGUCCUAGCACAUACAAUUCUUGGUGUUUCAUGGAGCGAAGCUACAGGAGACAUUAAAUUCCUAAUUCUGGAUCCACAUUACAAAGGAGGUGAAGACCUGCAAAUUAUUCAGGAAAAGGGAUGGUGUGCUUGGAAAGGAGUAGAUUUCUGGAGCCCAGAUGCUUAUUAUAAUUUAUGCUUACCUCAGCGACCAACAAUGAUAUAAACUUUGUGUACUUCUAUCAACAAUGUUUGCUUUAUACAGCUUUUUACGUGUUCCGUUUACUCUGCUGUCAUCGCAGAAAGUUAUUUAAUCUGUAUUAAAGUGGUCUGGACACUUACACAGUUGCUUUUUAAAAUCCCCAAGCAAUAUGUAAUUCUGUGUUGGGGGUUAAAACUCAAAUGUCUUGGUGGGUUUUGCAGCAUUUGCGAUGGCUUAAUUCAUUGCUCUAACCCCUUCUGUUCUAUAAGGUACAGCAAAAUGUUGCCAAAGGACAGGAAUAAUAAUCCUGCAGAGUAUUAGAAAAGCAGUGUAAUCAAACUCUCUCCCAUUCCACAGUGUAGUGUCAAUUUUGAGUGUUGCCAGUCACUCUUAGCCAGCCUCUAACAGAAAAAUUAUCUGUUUUACAUCUCUGAAACAGGAGGUACCCUAUCAGGGUAGAGAGCUUGAAAACCUGUGCCUAAAAUUUAGGGACGAUGUAGUUUCUCAAAUUACAUAUUGGAUUUCAAACACAAACCAGGUGGUAAUUGAAACACUUAAUUUCUAUUAAGAUGGCUGCAUGCAUACUUCCAGCAAUAUUGGUUUUUCAAUUUCAAAAUAUAUUGGUAUAUUAUACUGACAAAUACAGAA